AUGUUUAUGAGUUUUAGACCCCCGUCGCUAAUUCUCCAAAAAAUCGUCUGUGCGCGGCCAAAUGCGACAGGCCUCAUAUGGACCAGUGUGCGAUACCAAUCCGUUGGCAUUGUAGACCAAAAAACCCUACCGGACCUGCUGGAGAAGACUAGAGCGAUAUUUCCCACAAAUAAGAUAAUCAGACACAAAGCCCGCCAGUUGCUCGAGCUGGCGCGCGAAACGGACGGCUACUCAACGCCGGUCAGGAUCGGGAUCGUGCAGUCCCCCGGAAUCGAGCCCGGACUGCUCACAGACGUGCUAGUUUGCGACCCUCUGGACAGCGACCAGGCCUGGUAUACACAGCUCCGGCAGCGGCAGAGCGAGAAAAAAGCCAAUCAAUGGGUCCGUUUUGGCGAGAACGGCGUGCGGUCUCCGUUUUUGAGCCGCGAAUUACGCGUGAUACAGAGCGAAACCUUAGGCGACGGCUCUACGAGAAACGAGCUGCACAGAGAAGAGUUCCGAGACAUUGAGCUCCUGGAAAUCAAUGACCCAGAAAACCUGCACUCUGACUCUGGCAUCUCAGAAACAACCACUGCCGUCCAGCCGUCGUCCCCCAACGACUGCCAUCUGUACAUAUAUGUCAAGACCCGUCCUGGGGAGCCUCUGGAGAUCAACAACUACCCUUCGCUCUCGGUCCUCAACACACAGAUCCAGGAGACCGGAAGCUCGUUCCAAUUACAAACACAGGGCGAAAUUGCCGUAGAUCUGGAAAAAGCCAGACUCGCCAACGAAUUGCUCAUGGAGUCUCCCAACAACGUGUCCAGAUAUCUCGAGCUGGUGAAAAAAUCCAAUAUCAGUGCUCUGCUGUUCACGUUGAGCAGAGAAACCAGCGCCAACAGGCCAGCGGCCCUGCUGCUGCGGUCGCUGCUCUCCGACAUUGACGAGCAGCUCAAGUUUGAAGAGAAGCCCGACCUUGUGAAGGAAGUGGACGCACUAAGAAAAGAGAUCGAAAAUUGGGCCCAGAUGUCCCAUUUCGAGCUCCAGUCCAAAAUAGCCCCAUAUUUGCAGGACGUGCUGAUUCAGAGGUUCAGCAAAAUCACACAGAUCGUCCCAAACAUCGACGACUUCGACCUCGUGCUCUCCAAAUACCUCUUUGACGACGAAACAUACAUCCAGAAAAGCAUGUUCAACUUCACGCCCGUCAAGUGCCACGGGUCGCUAUUGGAGUCGACCGCCAAGCUGAACUACCUAGAGGGCAAGAUCGACCUGCUGCUGCCGGCAAACGCAGAACCACCGCAGCCGCUGGCUCACCCGGUCGCCGUGCUGAAACACAAGGUGCUCAACAAAGACCUCCCGGACCUGCAGCAGAAAAUCAGCCGCAUCGUGCUCCACAACCUCGCCACAAUCAACCUGCCAGCGUUCGCCGUGUGCACGGUGGGUCACGUGAUCGACUAUAUCUCGAUGGACACGGCGGUGGCGGUGGUGGUGCUGAGUUUCGCCAUCUCGUCCAACAACAUUUCCAAGGCUGUGUUCCGCCAUCUCGACGCGUUCAGAAAGAGCUACACGGAGAACCUGCGCACGUCGAUCGACCGCAGCCUGGAGCACCUGCGCAGACGCCUGAACCGCAACCUGGAGCAGAAUGGGCUCAACAAGGCAGAGAAGCAGCAGCUGAGGCAGCAGCUGAGCAACACCCUGGACAAGUGGUAG